AUGGCAGACGUUGAAAGACGUGCGAGCGACAAGGGCGUCGCCCCUGCUGCUAGUAAAAUCGAAUUCGAACUCGCUGGUCAGGACAAUGCUGUUGGAUACAGGGAGUAUGUCGAGGCGCUUGACCUUGACGUCUCCGAUCGCGAGUAUACGCGAGUGCGAUGGAAGCUGGACCUCACCAUCUUACCCAUGUUCCUCAUCACGCAAGCUCUACAAUUCAUGGACAAGACCUCGCUGAACUAUGCGAAUCUGUUCGGGUACCAGGAAGCUCUGGGGCUUCAGGGGCGCGACUUUAAUUACCUCUCGGCGAUGGUGUAUGCCGGGUAUUUCUUCGGACAGUAUCCCUGCGGGUGGCUCAUCGGGCGCUUCCCUGCGCAGCGCGUCAUUGCAAUUAGCAUUCUGUUGUGGGGGGUCAUGGUGCUUCUUAUGACGCAGAGUCGGAGUUACUCGAGUGCAUUGGCUGUGCGAUUCUUUAUGGGGAUAUUCGAAGCUGCCGUCACGCCAGGGUUGACACUGAUGACGGGGUUCUGGUAUACCCGACGCGAGAUUCCUCUCCGCCAGUGUAUUUGGUACUCUUCACUCGGUUGGGGCGGUAUUAUUGGAUCGUACAUCUCCAUGGGUGUCUCGAAGCUGCCCGAGGAUAUGACGCCUGAGCGGUGGGAGCUGAUCUUCUACAUUCUCGGCGGCGCCACCUGCCUAUGGGCUUUUGUCAUCUGGUUCGCCCUUCCCGACGCACCAUCAAACGCCCGGUUCUUGACGCACCGCGAGCGGCUCAUCGCCGUCAAACGUGUCGCCGGGAACGAAACUGGGAUCAAGAACAAGUCGUUCAGCAAAGACCAGGUUCGCGUCGGGUUUAUGGAUCCCAAGACGAUAUUACUGUUUAUCAGUGUGUUUGCCGCGGCCAUCCCAAACGGCGUCGUCAAUUCCUUUUCAACAAUCAUCAUCCGCGAUAUGGGCUUCACGACCACCAAAACCACCCAGCUCAAGUCCGUCGGCGACGCGGUGCAGAUCGUUGCACUUAUAAUCGGUGGAACGAUCAUUCUCAACGUUCCCAACUCCCGCCUCCUCACUGCAACAGCCGCAAACCUCCUCUGCACCAUCGCCGCAGCCUGCAUGGCCUACCUCCCCAGCUCCAACACCUGGGGCCGCCUCGUAUCCUUCUGGCUAGUGAACUCGCAGUCUGUCGGGUUCACCGUCUCCCUCACGACCAUCUCGUCGAACAUGGCCGGGUAUACGCAUCGGUCGCUGGCUAGUGCUAUGGUCUUCACCGCAUACUGCUGGGGCAACUUUGCCGGCCCAUUCGUGGUAAACCAGUCCGAGGCGCCACACUUUACCGGUGCAACGAUCGGGCUGCUUGUUGGAUAUGCGAUUAAGCUUGGGUGUCACCUUCUCCUUCUCGCAUACAUGUUCAGCAUAAACCGCUCGCGGGAUAAGCUGUACGGUCCCGCGAAUAAAGAGGCGAGCGACGAGGCCGGGAUGAGGGAUCUUACCGAGUUUGAGAAUCGGGACUUUAGAUACGUUCUGUAG